AAGAAGGAAAGAACAUAUGACACGAAAGAACCCACAAAAAGCUCUCUCUCUUUCUCCUUUCUCAUCAUAGCUUCUCUCAAAAAGCCAAACCCACAAAGCCCUCUGUGAUACAGAUCCAUCUACCCUUUGGCAAUUUUUGGUGUGGGAAUUGGAAAUUGGUGGUAGGGGCUAUAGAGAUUUCUGGGUUGUGGUUGGUUUAUGCUGUAAUGUCAUAGCUUUGAUGAUCAGUUCUGUUUCUUUGUGAUAUAGUAAGUUGGUUUUGCAAUUCAGUGAGAUAAAGGCUGGUGCUUUUAUUAGUGAUUUUGAAUUUUUGAUAAAGAUGCAAUCGGACGGGUCUGAAUCCGUGAGCCUGAGUCCAACAACUCAGAGGAUGCAGUCUCUGUCAGCCUCGGAUACUAGAGGGAAGCAUCGGAUACUGGCUGAGUUGAAACGGUUUGAGCAAGAAGCUAGAUUCUUAGAGGAAGAACUGGAACAACUUGAAAAGAUAGACAGGGCCUCAGCUGCAUGCAAGGAAAUACUGGGUAAUGUAGAAACAAGGCCGGAUCCACUACUCCCAAUAACACAUGGCCCCCUUAAUCCAUUUUGGGAUCGAUGGUUUGAAGGACCCAAGGAUUCAAAAGGUUGCAGAUGCUGGAUAUUUUGAUGCCCGACUCCCUGGCCUCCAGUUCCAAUUAUUCAGAGCAUUACAUUCAGAAAUUUCAUAGAUCUAGAGUUGCUUUUAUUGGCCUUUUUAAUUAAAGCUUCAUUGUGCUUCCUCUGAAAAGAAGCUUUCUUGUGCAGAUGACAAUCAUGGUACAUUAAUUUUCAAGUCUCUAAUGAGGAGCAGUUGUGCAAAGUGUAUAAGAAAUUCAAUUAAAAUGAUUCAGUAAUGGAAGAGCUGAACAAUUUUCCAGG